CUUUCCGUUGUCUACUCUCAUCAGUUGUUUUAUCUCGAUCUUCUUCUCUCUCUGCUUCCUCUGGAUCCGAACGCUUCGUUUCGGGUGGUAUUUCUCUGUACGGCUUCCUCGGAUAAAGAGCAAAGAUCGAGGCGCUCUUAUGCCUUCUACGAUUAGGGCAAGUUUUGAUUGAAGGCAAAGGUAGACGGUAUUUUCAUGUACAUCUGUUUUGAUACCGGUGCUCUGGUGCAAGAAGUUGAGAGGGGUUAAAAAAGAACACAACUUAUAUACGGUGUAGCUUUCAACUGGAUUGAAUGACAAAACAUAGUUGGUGUAAAGAAUUUUCAUAGGGGAUUAAAACUUGGUGAUGAAAACAAUGGAGAUGCUGUUGAAAGAAGGCCAUGUGAUUUGUUCCCAGAGGGUCAUUAAUAAUUUUACUCUUAUCAAUCUAGUGUUUCCUUGGUGCACAAGAUGGGUAAAUGCAAGGGGUGUGGGAAAUUAGGGAGAAUGGUGCCAAGAGAGGAGUCUAGGAGCGGUUACCAUUUUACUCUUUUAUUGUCGCCUGUUGUUUCUGUUUGGGAGUGCAUCGUUCGCAAAAUGAGGUAUUCCUACAGACCCGAGUGGGUGUAGUUAUUUAGUUUUUAGGAUUAUACAAGUUCUAAAUAACGAAAUUACGUAGAAAUUAAUUUACAUUGAAAAAGGAAAAACAUAAAACGAAAGAGCGAAACACUAUAGGAAAAUGUAUACAUUUAGGGUUGUUUGUUAGGAUAAGCUGAGCAAACAGGAUCGAGUAUAUUUAGAUUGGUAGGUUUCAUGGAUAACAUGGUAUGUGAUAAGGUGCAACCCGUUGUGAGAAAAGUGAAGAAAAAGCAAAAGGCUAAGGGUGAGUUGGAUCGUCUUAAACAGGCUGAGAAGAAAAAGAGGCGCUUGGAAAAGGCUCUUGCUACUUCUGCAGCCAUCCGAUCUGAGUUAGAGAAGAAAAGGCAGAAAAAGAUUGAAGAACAGCAGAGGCUUGAUGAAGAGGGUGCUGCAAUUGCAGAGGCUGUUGCUUUGCAUGUCCUACUUGGUGAAGAUUCUGAUGAUCCAUGUAAAAUUAUGCUAAACAGGGAAGGGGGGUUUAACCCUUGGCAUUGUGCGGAGAAUUUUGACCUCUUUAUGGGUGGAAGGAGAGCAUAUCUUCCUCAUCAAGAACAUGUAAAUGAACAUGGAUACAAGUUGCGGGACCAUGAAAGUGGUGACUGGUCUCUCUCAUAUGUGCCUAUUGAAAGAAAUCGCCUUUCACCAAAUUUUGAUGAUGAAGGCUGGGGUACUGCAGAGUUCUCUGCUGGUCUUCUUGCAGCUCAGGCUGUCUCAUCUCUUCGGAUUGCAGAGGAUGCACAUGUAGACGCUGUUGUGCUUAACGGAAUUCUGAGAGGAUAGACGCUCAUGUUCAGUUAUAUUGUUGUUCCUCUUGAAAGAGCCUUGAUUAUGGUUUCAAAAACAGUUUGUACAUAUUUGUGAAAGUUUUGUCAUUGUACCUGUGAGAUCUGCAGCUUGUUGCAUCCGUCUUGGAAUAGUUGCUGUCAUGGUUACUUCGUGUCAUAGAAUGUUUUUACUCUCACCGAGAGGUCUUCUUCACCUGGCUUGAAGAUUGUUGACUGAUUUAUGUUCCGAGUGUUGAACAAUUGCCAUGAAUUUCGGACUUUAAUUAGAGUAUUUUUGCAAGUUACUUGAUAA